AAAAUCAAUUUUAACUGAAUUUGUUUCAAUGAAUGAACUGACACGAUGUAGAGAGAUAUGUUAUAGAAAUCGAUAUCUACGUCAUAUAGUAUGUAUAAUGUACAUUGAUGACAUCGCCUAUUGAGACCAUUUAUUGAUAUGCAUGAUAAUGUAAGUGAAAAGUGGCUUGCGUCCCGGGAUAUGUUCAGAUUUCUUCUAUGUAUCACCGAGGAAAGCGUUGUUGGUUAUUUAUAAGGAUUUAAGCAUUGAAAAGUUGCAGGAGCCUCUUGAAAUGUUACCUAUAGCAAAGAAGGCUGAACACAGAGACUUGACGGGACUUGCUCGAGUUCGAAAAGAUAACAGUGACUUAAUACAGCAACAACAGAUAGACCGUCGUCCAGACUUUCAGAGAUCGGUCACACUUCCUCAGUUGGUACAGAGUUCUUCCCCUUCUCCGAGAUACACAAAGAGGGAGCCAGAAUUCCAACAUCCGCUGAGGAGCCCGACGAAGCGGAGACGACCGUUUGAACCGCGAGUUAAACUACCAAUAUUUAACGCGUUGAACAGAACUUUUGAUCCCAUCCCGCAAUUCAUAGAAUCGGAUAAAAAACGGAACUAUGCAACUCGAAGUAUGGAUUUCUGGGAGAAACAAGUGAAAAAGGUAGUUCCCGAAAGGAUAAACCUGGCUAUAUCAAACGACUACCAAGCGCCACCUGCCACGUGGGACGACCGCGACCCGUAUAUCUUCUCAUCAAAGAGCUGUUUUUAUGAUAACAAAAAGUAUGUCGCUCAUAGAGACUUCAAUAUUAACCCUGAAUGGGUUUCCGAGGGAAUGCACGUGUCCGAGUACUCUCCAGCUUACCGCACGUGCCCACUUCGAUACGGAUGGUGUUGUUAACACGAGCCAAAGACCGGGGGUCUAAAUAGUUUAAUGUUCGGAUUAGACACAUGACCGUAGCUGGGAAAAAACAUUCACACACGGAAUUUGAUUUCUCUCUUUCCUGUUAUCGGUCGCCGAGGUCUAAACUAAAGAAAUCUCUCUGACCCGACACUUAUUUACAGAUCCUUGUUUUUUUUAUGCUUCCAUAUAAUUUCACUCUGACAUUACGAUUAUGAUUUGAAAUAGUGUUGCCCUAAUGUAUGAGAUCAUCUGUGCAUUCUUUACAACAAGGCGUUUUGUUAUCGUAUUCUUGUUAUUUACAAUAAAAUUAUUAUCCUAAAUU